AAUAUUACUCACCAUUAGCUUUCACUAUAAAUGUAAGCAGCAACGGAGACAUUACUUAACAAAGAACUAUUCAUAAGCCACCAUUACUUAUAGAAACAACCUAGUACUACACAUCACUCAUGGCUCAAAGACCUACAAAACCUUGUACCAAAACUCGUUUUCAGAACGUACGGCUACUCAAGGACCAGACGUUAGGAAAAGGAGCAUACGGCUCUGUAUACAAGGCCAAAUGUGACCAUCUUCUUUGUGCGGCUAAAGUCAUCCACGAAUGGCUAACACAGCCGGUACAAGCGGAUCCUCAUCAUGAGCAUAGACUAGUGCAGAGCAGGUUUGCACUGGAGUGCGAGUUGCUCCGUGACAUCACUCACCCCAACAUCGUGCAAUACCUUGGUCAGCACACAGACCCAGACACAGGGGAGUCUGUACUGCUUAUGGAGCUAAUGGACGACAGUUUGAGAAGCUUUCUCGAGAAUGGCUCAAACGAAAUCAGCUACUACGUUCAAGUCUCAAUCACUUUGGAUGUAGCCACGGCUUUGACAUUUCUACACUGUAACAAGAUCGUCCACAGAGAUCUAUCCAGCAACAAUAUCCUACUCUAUGAAGGUCACAGAGCAAAAUUGUCCGAUUUUGGAAUGGCUAAAGUGACUCACACUCGUCACUUGGCAAUCUCCAACACAAAGUGCCCAGGAACUCAAGUGUACAUGCCACCAGAGGCUCUAGACAUUAAGCCAAUAAGAUACACCGAGAAAGGGGACGUGUUUUCCCUGGGUGUUAAUAUCAUUCAAAUCCUUACCAAGAAAUUCCCAGCCCCAGGAGAACGCCUCGAGUCAAUACCAAUUAUUGAUCCUCAGUUUCCGUCAGGCCAAGCCAAAAAAGAUGUCCCCGAAGUGAGAAGACGGCAAAACCACAUCAGUGAGAUCAACCCCGCAGACCCACUACUAAAAAUAGCACUUGAUUGUUUGAAAGACAAAGAAAACGAGAGACCAGCAGCUCACAUACUUUGUGAAAGGCUGUCUUAUCUGAAAACUUCACAAGAUUACACAUCAAGAAAAACAAAACACGAGAGAGAAGUGUUAGAAAUGCAGGAUACAAUCGAUGUCCUACGAUACGAAAAUACGGAUUUACGAAAGGAUCUUAGGGAACUGCGAAAAGCAGCUGCUGCUACAAACACUACAUAUCGAGACGCUCAACAAAUGAUAACAACACAACAGCAAAACACACAACAACUCAGAGAAGAACUUGCUACUGCUCAAGCUACAAUAAGAGAGAAAGACGAGACAAUUGCAACGAGAACUCAUGCACAGAAAGAACUAGAAGAAGGCAUCGAGAACUUACACCUGCUUAAUCAAGAGCUACACUAUACCCUUGUAGGAUACAAACAUCAACAACCACAGGCAAAAUCUGAUACAAUACGAUUAAAAUCUACACCGGGAGCAAAGGCACCUUGUAAAAUGGCCAGGGAAACAAACCCAGUGGUGGGUGGCAGUGUGGUAUACCUUAGGCCUGGAGAAUCUAGACACAUCUAUUCAUUCGACUCCACUAAUGACAUAUGGUACACCCUACCAGACAGCCCUGUGGACAACACCACCCUAGCAUUUGUGAAUGGAUCUCCUGUUCUAGUGGGUGGCCGCUAUGUGAGCAUGCUGCUACGUCUACAAUGCACAGGCAAACACAAGAAAUGGAUCGAAUCAUUCCCUUCGAUGUUUACAAAACGCUCAAAUACAAUUGCUUUUUGCACCGAAUCAGAACUAAUCGUAGCAGGUGGUUUACAAGACGGGAGAAUGGAAACAUUGACCACAAUAGAAGCUAUGGACACAGACACUCUUCAAUGGAGCAAGAUUGGUAGCCUAUCCGAACCACUAUCAGCAACAUCAGCUACGAUAUGUGCAGGUCGCCUAUACAUCAGUAAUGGAGAAGAUAAAGUCCUAACCUGCUCACUCUACAACAUAGCCAGGCCUUCAGGAGAUCACCCGUCACACACAUGGUCCAAUAUCGCUCAUCUACCAGUGACACAAUCAACACUAGUCACAUUCAAAAAUCGACUACUGGCAGUGGGUGGUUGUGAUGGCAAUCGUAAGCCCACAACGUCAGUCUGUAUGUACAAUCCUAACGAGAAUAGUUGGAUGGUGAUUGGUCAUACGAGUACAGCCCGGCAGUUGUGUUUUGCAGCUUCCCUACCUGAUGAGAGGCUGAUGAUAGUGGGUGGGUUUACCUCCCAAUGGGGCAGGGUCUCAGACAGUGUCGAGUUUGUCUCAGUUGAAUACUAACAAAAUUGCUCUACAAAACGUCAUAACUAGAACUGAGUUUCACUACAAAUUUUAAGCAUUCAUGUGUGUGCAUGUACGUAUACAUGUAUACAUUUUCAUAAUCAAAAUAACGAUUUGACAGUGCUCACCAAUAU